AUGGCAUGUAACCUAGGAGUUAGUAAGUCACUUGUAGGUGUGUGGGUGAAAGACAAGAAACUUAGAGCACAUACCAAUGCUAUCAAACCGCUUUUAACCCCUCAAAACAAGAUAUCAAGGCUGCGAUGGAGCCUUAGGCAGCUUAGUGACAUAAAUGUGGAGGGAUUUAUCAAGUUUCAAACCAUGUUCAACACCAUACACAUAGAUGAGAAGUGGUUUUACUUAACCAAAAGCAAGGAUAGAUAUUACCUUAUGCCGGGUGAGUUGGACCCGUAUAGGGCUUGCAAAUCAAAGAGAUACAUACCAAAGAUUAUGUUUAGUUGUGCAAUUGCACAACCUAUCAUAGAUGCUCAAGGAAACGUGAUUUUUGAUGGAAAGAUGGGAAUUUUCCCAUUCACAUAUGAAGAGGCAGCUCAAAGGAACUCAAAAAAUAGAGUUAAAGGGACAAUGGAAGUGAAAGCAAUACCCAAUAUCACCCAAAACGUCAUAAGGGACUCAAUGAUUAACAAGAUGUUGCCCUACUUCAAAUCAAAGUGGCCUUCAUUUGCAAGCAAGAAUAUAUUUAUACAACAAGACAAUGUCAAACCACACAUAAAGGUUGAUGAUCCGGAGUUCUUAGCAGUUGCAAGAGCAGAUGGAUUCAAUAUCCAACUGGUCUGCCAACCUGCUAACUCUCCAGACACCAAUGUUAAUGAUUUGGGAUUCUUUAGAGCAAUUCAAAGCCUCAAAGAUCAGAAACCAGUGAAGGACGUAGGGGAACUAAUCAAGAAUGUGCAAGAUGCAUACAAUGAGUACCCGCCUCAAAAGAUAAAUCAUGUUUUUCUAACUUUCCAGUCUUGCUACCAGGAGAUUAUCAAAGCCAAAGGGGACAACAAUUACAAAAUCCCACACAUGAACAAAGAGAGGUUAGAAAGGAUUGGCAUGCUACCAGAUGCAAUUUCAAUUUCACAACAGCUAGUGGAUGAGAGUAUGGAGUUCUUAGAGGGAAACAAUCAUGCUGACACAACAGAAUACACAGAUGGUCAAGCUGAAGAAUUUCAACAGAACAUGUCAGACAUCCUAGAGGGUCUCACACAUGUAAACAUCAAUUAG